ACGUCCCACUUCAUUUAUAACAUUCAUAAAAGAAUUGAAUCGAUAUUAUGAGUGGACAAAAGAGAUCACAUGGUGCUACUAUGCUUGUAGGCUCGCCCUUUCCCCAUCCUUGGUGUACUGAUUUCGGUUUGUUCUCAGCUAGAAGCUUGGAUGAUUGGUUGAUAAUGGAAAUCUCUCAGUCACUCAGAUCCAAAAAUGAAUGGCAAAGGAAAUAUAAAGAUGAAACUAUUGCUUCCAAAUGGAAACAAGAAAUUAGAGAUCAAUGUAAGAACAAAACAAACUACAUGGAAGAAGUGAUUGAUUACGUUUUCAAGGAAUUGGAAUGGUAUGAGGAACUUGAAUCAACUUUAAUGGAAUCAUCAGGAUUUGAAAUUGGUUGCAAUGAAUAUAUGGCGAUUUCCAAUAGUGUAAUCACGUGGGAAGUCAAAGAAGAUUUAAAAGCAAGAGUAUUACCAUUAGUUGAAUCGUUUGGCGAAGCUUUGGAUUAUCACCCUGGCUCCGACAAUAAGGUAAUAGAUUUAGUCCAUCCUUCAUUAUUUCCAUUGCAAUAUGAUAUAACUCCUGUUUUCGGUAAAGACAACAAGCUUGAAAUUGUCAAGUACACCGAGGAGAUUCAACAUGCCAAAAUAAAUGUCUUUAAUCACGCAGUUUCUAAAAAGUUUCAAUGGAUUCCUGCAUUGUUGAAAUUACAAGAUAAUGGCAAAUUUACCUUUAGUUCUUAUAUUAAUAACUUGCAUCCCGUUAAGCAUAAAGAGUUAUAUAGCUCAAUUGAAGAUGUGUUCAAUGCAAUAAUCCCAGGAUUGAACUAUACAUUGAGUAGAUAUGCAUCUAAGGAACAUCUUCGUGUUCGAGUUCCACCUGGUGAAGAUGCCUAUACUGAAGAAUUAGAUGAAGAGAAAGACGCAAUAUACGACAGAAUCGACGAAAUGGAUCAAGACAAGGAGGAAGAAAUUGAAGCCUUGUACGAUCAAAUAAGCGAUCUCGAAAAAGAUAAGUCCCGAUUUGUUCUUAAAACAAUUAGGCCCAACUGGGAAGAAAAUCACCCAGUUCUUGAUCAAAUUAUUGAUGUUAGGACUUUUGGAAGUUUGAAGGUAAUUGUUAAAUUAGCAAAUAUUGAAUUGACUCCUGAGAAUCCUUCCUAUAAUGGUGGUUCGUGGCAUGUUGAAGGAACAAUCAAUGAAGAUAUUGUUGCCACAGUAUUGUACUAUUAUGAUAUGGAUAAUAUCUCAGAAUCUAAACUUUCCUUUAGAACAGACUAUUCACAGCCAAAUUAUGCUCAACAUGAUGCUUUUUAUUUGGAGCACUUUUACGGACUUAAGGAUAGCGAUUUAAUGAUGAAGAAUAUUGGUAGUAUUGAAGCAAAGGAAAACAAGGUAGUUAUUUUCCCAAACAUGUACCAGCAUCAUGUUGAUUCCUUUGAGUUAAAGGAUAAAACCAAGCUGGGCCAUCGUAAGAUUCUUUGUUUCUUUAUUACUGAUCCUUACAAUAGUAAUGUUGUAAGUUCUGAUAGAAUUCCACCUCAACAAAAGGAAUGGUGGGACGAUGAACAAUUGAGUUAUCUUUACCCUGAUAACACCAAGCAAGAGAUUUUACAGUUAAAAUCGGAAAGUAACCAAGAAUGGCCUUUGACUUUGAACUAUGCUAGACCUGUUAGAGAAGAAUUGAUGAAAGAAAGAUCAAUACCACAGGAUGUAGAAAACGAUUUUGACAGGCACUUUUGUUUUUGUGAGCAUUGAUUGUUACUAGUUAUUACAAUAUAUUAAAUCUAUUAUGAACAUAAUUUAAUAUACAACCCAGUCUAUGGCUUGAACAUCGGAUGUAAGCACCAAAAUUGAUGUGUUAUUCCAUUGGGUGAACCGAUAUUUUUUUUUUUUUAGAUUGCAAAAGAUAUUUUUUGCAGUAAAUUCGCUUUAAAUAGCAUGCAGGAGCGAGGUGACUGUAAUAUCAGAGAGGGGAUAAUUAGCUAAGAUUAACAUACUGAAAAGAAAGUCAGUUGGUUAUAACCAGAUGGAGAAAAAGUAGCUAAAUAUUGCUAAGAUCAAAGCAUUGUGAGAAUUAUUUGUUUUCGUAAUUUUAGUUUAUAACUCACUUAUAGUUUUACGCCAAGCGUUUUCCGAACUUCUCCAGGUUCUAGAAAAUGCAAGGUACAAGGGUCCCUCCCCCAUUAAUAAAUGCAUUCGU